AUGGUGCUGAACUCUGCUGGCUGGAAGUUUGACUGGUUCAGACAGGAGUCAGUGUCUUCUCCAGCUAAGCUCAUCAGAACCAAUGAACCAGAUGGAGUCCUCAGAGUCUCAGAGGGAGGUGUGUACAGCUGCAGAGGAGGAAGAGGAGAUCCAGCUUUCUACACUGAAACCAGCACAGAGGUCACCAUUCUGGAAACUGUUUCCAUUAAACCCACUGUGACCCUGCAACCCAACUGGUCUGAGAUAUUCAGAGGAGAGACAGUCACCCUGAGAUGUGAGAUCCAGGGAGGUGGAGGAGCUCAGUGGACGUAUGAAUGGUACCCAGCCACCAGAAACUCUCCAUCAUCCAGUGAAUACAGGAUCAACAGCGUCUCUGAGUCUGAUAGUGGAGACUACAGCUGUAUGGCUAGAAGAGGCUAUCAGAUAACAGGAUGGAGUGAUGCCUUCAGACUGACAUUGAGAUCAGAUAAACCCAGAGCCUCACUAACAGUAGAUAAAACAGUCAUACCAGCAGGGGGCAGUGUAGCACUACGGUGCUCUGUUUCCAGCUCUGCUGGCUGGAAGUUUGACUGGUUCAGACAGGAGUCAGUGUCUUCUCCAGCUCAGCUCAUCAGAACCAAUGAACCAGAUGGAGUCCUCAGAGUCUCAGAGGGAGGUGUGUACAGCUGCAGAGGAGGAAGAGGAGAUCCAGCUUUCUACACUCAAACCAGCACAGAGGUCACCAUUCAGAAAACUGUUUCCAUUAAACCCACUGUGACCCUGCAACCCAACUGGUCUGAGAUAUUCAGAGGAGAGACAGUCACCCUGAGAUGUGAGAUCCAGGGAGGUGGAGGAGCUCAGUGGACGUAUGAAUGGUACCCAGCCACCAGAAACUCUCCAUCAUCCAGUGAAUACAGGAUCAACAGCGUCUCUGAGUCUGAUAGUGGAGACUACAGCUGUAUGGCUAGAAGAGGCUAUCAGAUAACAGGAUGGAGUGAUGCCUUCAGACUGACAUUGAGAUCAGAUAAACCCAGAGCCUCACUAACAGUAGAUAAAACAGUCAUACCAGCAGGGGGCAGUUUUUGUGAUCACUACACCUUUGUCAUUUACAAUAAAUCUCCUGACAGGCAGUAG